UCCCUCCCUCCAAGAACUCCCCAACCUUGCUCUUGGGGUGAUUCGAACUCACAACCUCUUGGUUGGAAGUGGAGGGUACUUACCACUAGAGCAAUCCACUCUUGUCCUCACAUAUAUAACAAUAUUUUUUAUUUAUUUUUUUCGUAAAUAUCAUUCUGCAAUGGUUUAUGAUGAUGAAUUUUUUUUUCUUUUUUUCCUGUUGAUUCUUGUCUUAUGUUUUGAAAUAAAUGUCAAUUCAUGCCUAAUAGUAAAAGUAAUAAAUCGUGGGCUAAUUUGGGCUACUGAAAAUAAAUGGGCUUAGUUGGGUUGUGCCCAAACUUAGCCCAUCAUUAAAGUAGCUCAUGCUCAACCCACUAAAACUUGACGGGUUGGACGGGUCAAAUGGGUUUGGGUUACUUUUGCCGCCUCUACUCCAAACCGUUUUCUGCUAUUCUACAGCUAUUGUGUAACGAAUGGGCUAUAGGAAUGCUAAGUGAUGCUAAAAGCCUGACAGAAGAAAGGGUGGAUGAAGUGUUGAAUGAAUUUCUUAAAGAUUUUAGAGAGAAAUCAAUAGAAGCCAAAGGAUGGCCAACUUACUUCUCAGCUUAUAAAGUCUCGAAAGCAUCCCUAAUUGCUUACACAAGGGUUUUAGCUACGAAAUAUCCGAAUUUUCGGAUAAAUUGUGUAUGUCCUGGCUUUUGCAAAACAGAUAUGAACUGCAAUACUGGGAGCUUAACUGCUGAAGAAGGUGCUGAAAGCUUGGUGAAGCUUGCCUUGUUGCCAAAUGAUGGACCCUCUGGUCUCUUCUUUUAUAGAAAGGAAGUCACCUCUUUUUGAGCAUUGCCUAAUCCAACUAUUGGUUUGGNG